UUCCCUGCGGACGGUCCCUGUGAUAAGAGUGAUAAGACGACCCAUGUCCAACGACGAUCCAGAUUCUGAUUCUAAGCCGGUGCUUUUAAUGUUACCAUGGAGGAUUGUCGAGCGUGCUUCCUGAUCGUUCCAGGAUGUCAAAGUUCAUGAUUCACUGGUCUUGGAAUGAAUACUGACGUCAUCUUCGUGUUGUAACAUCAGUCUCCCUUCCAGUCCAAGGUACUGCUCAAAAUCAUGCUUCGUGGGAGGCUGCAGUGUAUCUUUUUUCACGCUUCUCUCUCCGCUACCACGUUCAACAAGUAGAAUCAUUCAAUAUGACCCCCCACAGAUUUAGUCCUUGCAACUUUAUCUCUUUCUUGUGUGGAACAUCGACCACUGUAAUUGCCACCCAUUAGUGUUAUCAUUUGUUUACUUCCUUACAUGAUUCAUAAGUUCAUGUUUUGCUAGCCCAAGUGAUUACUUUACUCAACUAAAUUUCUCCACGUUUUUACCUUCCCUCUACAGUUUUUUAACCUUGUUACUCCCAAUUUUGUCUCGUGAAAUAUUUAGUGCUUUUCGUUUGCGUCCAUCCCUUGCGGACCGUUAACAGAUCUGAUGUAGAAGUUCUCCCUGUUGAACUCACGAUGGAUGACGGACGUAGAGGACGCAGAUGAUGACUUAUACUUUGAUGCUGUCCCGCUGAAUUCAAGACCAGCAUCGAUACUUUCUCGCCUUACCCUUUUCCACAGUGCUGUUGACAUUUCUACUUUCGAAGAAAAAACUGCAAUGAUGCCUGAGGUUGAAUUCUCAGGGGUUGAAAUAAAAGAGAACGGAAACUCAGAUGACAAAAGUCAAAUGAAUGAUGAUGAUCCUGACUUUAUUCUGGUCUGGUCCAAAGCCCACCUUAGUACAACAUCUUUACGGAGGAAGAAUUCAAAAGCUGAAACGUUUGAGUCAAGUGCCAGAUCUAGACGAGAUAUUUUCGAGCAGCACCUUAAAGAUCAGGGUCUGGUCUUAGAGUAUGAAACUAUAGGAACUCUAGAAUUUGUCAAAAUAUUUACCCCCAAGGAGGUUCUUCGAAGAUACUGUGAGAUUUUGAAACUCCGGAUGCCAAUGAAAGAAUUUCCAGAUCAAGAGGAACCAAAACAAUUUACUGUGAUAACGGAAGUGACUUCAUUCUUGAGUAAGCUUUUGCAAUUCAUGUAUAUCGACUCGGACAAGUUUCCCCCUGAAAAAUUCAAACUUACUGCAGAAUAUAGUAGAAAUAAGCAUUAUUUAUUCGACGAAGAUGCACCAAAUUUUUUCUCUGCACCAAUACGUUCAAUUAUAGUUGAUUUUAUUCUUAGUCGCCAAAACUUCAGCGAAGAUCCUGAUGAUAUGAAUUGUGUUGGAAUUCAAAGGCUCCUGGAUGAAGGAGUGUACAAAGCAGCAUAUCCACUUCAUGAUGGUGAUUAUAAUGCUCCAGGUUCUAUGCGAUAUUUACUUUACACUGAGUGGGCUACAAUCAAGAAUUGGGUCAAAAAUCAACCUAUUGACCAUAUCAAAGAAUAUUUUGGCGUAAAAGUCGCUCUAUAUUUUGCAUGGCUAGGUUUUUAUACGCACAUGCUUAUACCAGCCUCUAUAGCAGGCAUUACAGUCUUCUGUUUUGGAUUAUUCACUUUAAGCAGGAAUACUGUCAGCGAAGAUAUCUGUAAUAGAUCUCGAGAUAUCACCAUGUGCCCUCUAUGUGAUAAAAACUGUGAUUAUUGGAAACUGUCCGACACAUGUCUGUAUGCAAAGUUCACAUAUCUAUUCGACAACCCGUUAACUGUGUUCUUCGCUUUUUUCAUGUCUGUUUGGGCGACUGUGUUUUUGGAACUCUGGAAGCGAUACUCAGCAUCGGUGACUCAUAGAUGGGGACUUACAGGGUUCACCGUCCAAGCAGAGCAUCCCAGACCAGAAUAUUUAGCCAAACUUGCUACGUCUAAGAAACAAAAAAUUAAUGUUGUUACUGGUGCUGUUGAACCUAGUGUGCCUUUUUGGAAAGUCAAAGUUCCUGCAACUCUUCUAAGUUUCUCAGUCGCUCUACUUCUGCUACUUAUUGCGCUGGGAGCUGUGUUUGGAGUUGUCUUGUAUCGUAUGUGCGUUUUAACGUCAAUAAGUCUGUUCAGUGACGCCGAGUGGCUUUCAUUCUAUUCCAAUUUAGUUAUCCCAACAACCGCAGCCAUUCUUAACUUGAUAUGCAUCACUCUUUUGAACUAUGUUUAUGAAAAAAUGGCAGUGUACUUAACGGAGUUGGAAUAUCUUCGGACGCAGACUGAGUUCGAUGAAUCUCUUACGCUAAAAAUUUACUUAUUCCAAUUUAUCAACUACUAUUCAUCCAUCGUGUAUAUGGCAUUUUUAAAGGGGAAAUUCACUGGAUACCCAGCCAAGUAUAAUCGCAUAUUCGGUCUAAGGCAAGAAGAGUGCAGUCCAGCUGGAUGUUUAAUGGAACUAUGCAUUCAACUGGCCAUUAUAAUGAUUGGUAAUCAAGCUAUGAACAGUGUUCUAGAAAUGAUCAUUCCGCCUAUAAUGAGCUGGUAUUCAGCAAUGUCAGAAGUCUCAGGUCUUUCAAGUGUGAAAUCAACGUCAUCAACCUCUGCAACUGAAGCUGAAGACGAUACAACACUUGUACCCACUGACAAGAGUUGGUAUAAGGAUUAUAAACUUCUUGACUGGGGUCCAAGAGGUCUUUUCGUGGAAUACCUGGAAAUGGUCAUGCAGUAUGGAUUUGUCACAAUAUUUGUAUCAGCCUUCCCUCUUGCACCCUUGUUUGCCCUCCUGAAUAAUAUUUUUGAAAUGAGACUCGAUGCUCAGAAAUUUCUAAGAUUCUAUCGAAGACCUGUCCCUCACAGAGCUCCCAACAUCGGAGUUUGGUUCCGCAUCUUGGAUGUCUUGGGCAAAAUAUCUGUUGUCUCCAAUGCAUUUAUAAUCGCAUUUUCAUCAAACUUCAUACCUCGAAUGGUUUACAAGUACGUGGUGAACCAAAAUCGCACGGAAGAGGGCUUUUUAAACCAUUCUCUUGCAUACUUUAAUACAAGUGACUUUCCAGUGGAUUCAAAACCUCUGUAUCCAUCAGAAAAUGUAACUCUUUGCAGGUACCAGCAGUAUCGUGACCCUCCAUGGGCAGAAAAAAGGUACAAAAGACCAAUAAUUUACUGGCAGGUCUUAGUUGCAAGGUUAAUGUUCAUCGUUAUAUUCCAGAAUGUUGUCUCUCUUGUAACAAUAGCCGUUCAAUGGUUAAUACCAGACAUGUCUGCCAGACUUCGGGACCAAAUCAAGCGGGAAGCUUAUUUGACAAGCGAGUUGAUUAUCAGACAUGAGGCACAGAAUAAAGCUGCUUGGACAUCAGAACAUAUGCGUCAAUGUGAAGGUCUCAAGAGAAAUGGCUCUGACCGUGGCGUACGAAAACGAAGUUCCUUGACAGCCGAGUCCAAACUCUAGUAAGGAGGAACAAGCUUCAGAAAUGAAACAGAAUUUGUUGAGUUUUUUAUACUUCAUCGUAAGUUAUUAUGUACUUAUUAGCUGAACCAGGCUCACAUUUAUAAAAAUUUAAGUGUAGUUUUCUUUGAAGGAUUACUGUAAGUCUUCCAUGCCAAGCAAAAACCACAGAACUCCAUUCCAUAUAUGAUGAGUCUUUUUCAGGCGAAAUGUUUCGUAGAAAGGAAACCAGAUAUCUACAUUGUUCCUAAUUUCAAGAUACACAUUUCAUACUCUGUAGUAUUCAUCCUGAAAAAAGAAAAAAUUAGGCGGAUACGAAAGUUGUCCUGUCACGAAGUAAUGUUUGGACAGAGUUGAACAAAACAGUCACACAUAUGUUGCAGUGUUUCCAAAUCUAUCAUUUUAAUUUCUUGGAAGGAAAAAAACCAACGUUUUUGCCUAAAACUUUCUAGAAAUAAUUAUCAUAUGGCCAAGAAAAAUUGCAGCAAUUUUCAAGUAAAGGUAUUGUUUUCUUUCUUUCCAAAAAAUUUAAAUAGAUAAGAUUUUGAAACACCAUAAUGUUAAUGUAGCUAUUUUGCUCAACGCUAUCCAUUUGUGAGAAAAAUUUGCAAAAUCUGGAUUGGAUGGUUCAAGCCCAGCAUGGCAGAAAGUGAGCCGGCUUGACUUGAGCCUGUGUGAAAUGAAAUAAAUGCUCAAUUAUCAGAAGUCGCUAAACUCUUAUCAUCCUAAUAAGUACAUUAACACCUUUUUAAGUUUUAUCUGCGAAGUUUAUUGUGUGUUAAAUGUGACGAGAGGGGAAAAAAGAAGGUUUUUUGUCCAUAUGCGAAUCAUUUGAAAUGGAACAGCCUACGCUUUUACAAUCAUGACGCUAUGUAUUGUCAGUCCAGUCAAAGAUAUUUUUUCUGCAGAGUUCUAACACGUGUGUGUUGCGCACUUUACUGCAAUCUUAUUCAAUGUCUAACCUCAGGCACAGUUUUUCAUUUUGUAUUGCAAGACGUUAGUAAAUUUGUUAUGUAUUUUUUGAUGGAGUUUGAGAAAUGUUGAACGAUUUUCUUAGAAGUAGAAACAAUGGCUUAUCUCCUUGUUUACCAGUAUGACUUUCAAAAAAGUUCUUACAAUCUUUAGUGACUGAGAAUGUACGGUCAGGCCAAUGGUUGAUUUGUCAUUUGGUCGAAUAAGGUGUCCUGUGCGCACUCUUUGUGAAUAUUUAUUUCACUCUCUAAAUUUUUAAGAAUCUAAGUACAAUAGCAGAAAUUUCAGCAUCGGAUUCAUAGAGGCCGCAUAUUGUGACCAGUGUCAGUUAUCGUCUUGUAAUACCUGCAUCUUAGCAAAUUUUUGUUCGCCAAGAAAAACCAAGAACAUUAGUUUUAGUUGAAACAAUAUGUUUCUAUGUUUUCACUGAGCAAUUUGCAGUGUAAAGUUCGGUUGAUAGGACCAAAUCGUGGCACUUGUUUUUAGUGCAUAUUUUAUUUCUAAUUUCAAUUAAGUCAAAAACAAAUGUUCUAAGUGCUCUUAUUUUUAUUUUUUUCAUACUUACUAAGUUUUGUGGAUAUUAGUAUGAGACUACUGUUGAUAGGCUUAGGUCAGCUCACACUACUUUAUGAAUAUUUUUGGCAUCCUCUGACCGGUUAAGCAACUUUCCAAAAAGUUUUCAUGUUUCUGUCUUUUUUCGCUCAGUUUCUCGUUUUUUAUUAUAUCGCCGCGCCAGAAAACUAUGCUGCAGAGCGGGAGAAUAACAUGGUACAAGUAUGCAAAUACUGUCAAAUUUUUCUGUCAAAUAUCUAUUUCAUGAUAAAACUAAUGAAUAUUUUUCCCCUGAAGAUUUCUGAUACAUUAGAAUGAAUUGAAAAUAAAACAUCGGAAAAAUUCAAUUAAAAAAAUUUGCAAGCUCUCUACAAAAAAAUUUCAUCUUAUCAGAAGAAAUUUGGCCGCAUCUGAAUAUUUCCACAGAAGAAUCAGAUUAAUAGACAUGUAAUACAAUCGAGACUAAGAUCAUUACUCAAUUGAUGAGAUAAUAGGUAGGCCACCCUAAUUGCAUUUAGCAUCAGAUAAUUCGUGAAAUCAGCAAGAGCUAUCUGGGUCAACGGGCAUUAGGCAUGCUUAUAAGCUGUAAGUUGCACUUAGCGUUGUAGCGUUUCACUUGAAGGCGAGUUAUAACUCCCCAAAUUUUUUCAUCUCUUCUGCUAUAAGUUAAGCUUUAAGCACUGUCUAGAUUAUAUUAUAUGUCUGUGAUCAUAUUUGAAAAUUGUUCGGAAGCACAAAGGCCAAAUCUUAAAAAGUUAAAUUUCCUCUUUGACAAGAUUGGAAUUUCGGAAAAUUACUUUUCAGCACUGUGAUCUAUGAGCAUAUCUAUCAACUUCAGUUUGAAGCUGCCUUUUUAUUUAUUUAUUGUAUUUAUAAAAUAUUAUAUCCUGACCAUGACAUAACCGUUUGGUUUUGUGACUCCCUUUUAAUGCUAAGAAGCCUGUCUCUUUAGCAUUUCAUCUCGUUACUAAUGUUCAUCUUGUGCUUCAGAUGUUUUGGCUAUUUUACUGAGUCAACGUUUGGUAUUUUUCUCUUCAAAGAAUCUGCUGUCUAUAAUUUUUUUUCUCUUUCCUUUCUCUUUCAAAAAAAAAUUUCAAGGAUUUUUUUUUUUGUAUUGAUUUUUCGUUUUUUUUUUUGGUGGCAAAGCCCCCUAGUGUUAAUUAUUCUUACAAUUAAGUUUAGAAAACUCUCUAAGAGAAAGUAUAUAUUUUGUUUUCCUUUUUUUUUAACUACACGAGUGGGACCAUUAUUAAGUUAACGACUUGAGCAACUUACUGUGGUGCACAUUUACCAAGUGUGUCAAUGUCUACAUGUGCCCUAGAUGUAUAAAAAAUUUAAAUAAUGGUAAUUUGUUAUUGAUUUAUCGUUAUGAAUUAGAAUUUUCUUUUGUUAUUGAGAGUUCUGUGAAUUGUACUGUAGCCAACAGACCCUGCCAAACAAGCAAUUUCACAGCAUUCUACUUUAUUUGUAUCGACAUCUGUUGUACAUCAACAUCGUAGAGUAUUUAAAUUCUGUGGACAAUGCUAAUUAAUAGCUAGCUUAUCAUUAUUGCUAAGCUGGAAGUGACAAAAUUGCUGAAAAAGUUCGCCUUGACAUAUUUCUCUAAUGAAAGCUCAUAGAGUCAUUUAUACCCGCCUGAAGAUCCUCAGGUCAUUUCUUGUAUGAUUCGAACCUUGACCUGUCCACUGACUCUUGUGGCUUGUAUUUAAGAAGAAUUCAAAUUUUAAAUCAUCUGAAUCCAGCAGGUGCUUUUCUAAGACUAAAGAUGUUAAUAUUUUUUAAUUAUCCGUCCGAAAAUGAAUAAUUUUCUAUUUUGAUCCCCUUUGAGAAGCUAAAAAGCUUUUUUUUUCCAAAUCAAAAAUAUUGGAAUAGCCUCCUGUAGUUCAAAAUUCUGUUAUGGGUCAUAUGUACCUUUUACUGUUUCUAAGUGUUGCUCUCUAACUAGCUUCAUGUUUGGAUGUUGAUGGGUUUUAAGAAAAAAAAAAAAUAAUAAUCAAACUGUAAUGGGUGUAAGAAAAGAUCAGCAAAACUUCUGAUUGUCAUCUGGUGAUAUUCAAAACUGUUCCACUGUCGAGUACCAUAAAACUCAACUCAUGCUCUCUAAAAGCGCCUGGUAAAAACUAAUACCAGCUUUACCCAUUCAUAACAGUCUAAUUUAGUAGCUAUGUUAUGGUUAAAUUGUACAAAGACGCACAACCUUGUUCUGAUUUGCGCCAUUGUGGGAAAAUAGGUCCAAAUAUUUCUUGCAACCAAAAUUGCUCGUGUUAAAUGAGUAAUCAAUUUAUGUUUCGUCAAUGACUAAAUUGUGAAGAAUUUAUGCAGGUAACUUGACAUACAUGUAUUUGGAAUCCGGCCUGAAGUUAUUGUUCUAUUGUUCUGGUUUGAAUCCUUAAAAAUCGAAAUGCCUCAAAUCACUCAUAAUGGAAGAAUUUUUGUCAGUGUGUUAUUUUUUUCUCUAAUUUUACAAGCACCUGUGGAAAGUUUUGGAUUUAUUAGGUACUUAAAAGUGUCAAAGUAAAAAUUUUAUCUCUUAUCCAAUAAAUUGUAUGUCAUGUAAUUAAUAACUGUUUAAUCGAGAUCCUACUAGAAAUUUAUUCAGUUUUUCCUCUGUUGAAGGUUGUACUUUGCCCAAAUAUUAAAAAAAUAUAUAAUAUACUGAAUAACAUAAAAAAUUACCCAAAAACUCUUUUUAUGAUGGACGUUAUUUUGCAUACACCCAUGGCUGCCUGCAGCUGUUGACAAGUAGUAUCAAUUCUAUUAUUUAAUUUUUUUUGCCCUGUAUUAUUUAGUGAGGGCCUAGUCGAACUAUUGGCUCAACUUUUACUUUAUUACAAUUUCGUUUGGUUUUUUUUAUGAAUUUUACAUUUUGUUAAUUAUGAAAUUUCGUCUAGUACUUGUAAAUAUAUUGCUACCUUUUGAAUUUAAUGGAAUACUCAACCAUUUUGUUGAAAAUUUGUGGUGAGAAAGGCAAAUCUGUGCGACAUUGUUGUCUCUUGCCGAAAAAUAAGUUAACACAUAUGGAAUAUGGUUUAAUUUUAGUUAGUUUACUUAUAUUAUGUUUUUUGAUUCUAUUAUUUAUUUAAAGCUUUUUGUGAUACUAACUUAUUACUGUUACUGUUUUGGAAUCUCUAAGAGCUCUGGUCAUUAUUUCACCCUAAAUUCCGGUUUGCAUAUUCUAACCCUUCCUUCAGAGACAUUUAAAUGUGACGGAAUGAAACUCCAAUGUUUACUUUUAUUUAUUAAUAGCUGUAAUUUUUUUCCUCUCUUUUUUAAUGUGGGUCUUCAUUUUUUUAUAAUUAUUGUUAUGAUUUUCAAAUUACUUUCCCUUGAAUUGAAACAGCUCAGAAUGAGGUACUUAUAUUUUUUCUUCUUUUUCUUUCUUUGCAAUUAAGAAAUGUCUAAACUUGCUUUCCACCUUUCUUUUUCCAUAAAGCAUUCAGUCCUCUUAAAAAAAUAAAACAGACAUUUGUAACUGUUAAGGUUCAACGAAGAAUUUUUAAAUUUCAGAAAAUUUUGUAAAAGUGUAGCCUCAAAAUUUUUGUUAUCGUUGGUACAUUUCUACAUUUUGUAUUAUUUGUUCCAUUGUUUUACAGGUAACUUCCUCUAGGUCAAACUGCAUAGAGACCAGAUCGUUAGUUCCACUUAGAGAGAAAUUCCACUCAGAACGUUUUUUGAUUCUAUGAAAAAUUCGAUGGGACCUUUUUUGACCUUUUUUGGGGGAAGUUUGACUUAGAGGAAAAUUCUACUCAAAGAGCAUUCGACUUGCAGGAAGUUAAAUAUAGAUUAGAAAGAUCAUAGCAUUCAACUCUGCACUUCUACCAAAGUGUCUCUGAAAAAUCCUGUGAGAAUCAUUUCCAUAAUAGCAAAAAAUUUGGCCGUGAUGCCAGAAAAUCAGGGACUCGCACCAAAUAUAGACAUAGUACUAAAAUGUAUGAAUUAUAUUAGUGAAAUAAUUUUUUUCAGCCGCCAAUGCCUCUCCAUUGUCAAAAUAUUAAUUUUUAAAGUUCCAAUUUUUUGCCUUCCUCGGAGCAUAUGUGUGGAGCCUCAGAAGGUAGCUCUGUGUAGUUAGUGUUCGUUUUUGUCCUUAAAAAGUAACGAAAGCCGACAUCUAAGACUAAGAGGUGGCUUUAGCUAAUUAUCUAUAUAAUGUCUUUUUUUGUUUUUGAAGGAUGAUAAAAGCCAUCCUUUAGGACUUAGAACAAAAACUAUUUUUUUGCAAAGCAUGCAACAGGUACUAUAAAAAAAUAUGAUGGUUGUCUCACCCUAGAUUACCCUAUAUUCAUUCAGAUUUAAUUUGUAAAUGGUGUUGGCAGAACAAAUACAUUCACUAACAGGAUAGUAGGGACUUUUUCUAAAUUUUUACAUGGUUUUAAAGUUGUUGAUUUCUAAUUAAAUCACUCAUAGGAUAAUUAUUCUGUCUGUUCUCGAGUUUUUUCACAGUUUAGGAAUAUUUUACCUACUCUGUUCUGUCAUAUGAAAUUGCUACCUCAACCUCACUAAUUCUAAAUCCACCAUUUUUUGCUAAUGUUAAAAAGCUGUAAUGCUUUGCAUAAAACUUUUAUUUUGUAAUGCAUCAAAUUGUUCCAUUUCAAAAAAAUUGUUAAUGUAAAUUUUUAAAACUCCACGUUUUCUUCUUAUGGGGGAAAAUUAAACCAUGUUUUUUUACGAAAAAUGUCAUUCAAAGAGAACAUCGAUUUGAAUUUGUUCUCUUGAAACUCUCUCAUUUGAUCAAUAUUUUUUAACUGCUGUCGUGAUAAAUGUUACUUACUUGAAGUGACAGAGGUGCUUUCAAAAGUUUAAGGAAUCACUACAGCCUUUUAUGUGUACCUGAUAAAUUCAGAUCAGUUUUAAAUAUGUUUGCUUACUUUUAUGAGAAUUUUAAUCAUUGUUUUGAGUUCUCUUGUCUGUGUUCCUAUACUUACUUCUUUAAUAAUUAGGGCUUCGCUUACAUACUCUCGGUUUUUUUAAAAAAUCCUACUGUGUCUUUGUUCAGAUUGUGGUUAAUUUCUGUCAAAAUUUAAUUCCGUGCAAUGAUAUUGCUUUGAUUUGAAGACAUAUUUUCUUUUAAUAAAGUUUACCCGCACAUUUAUCAAA